ACGCUUCACGGUAUAUAAGUGCAAGGAAGACACAUGAGCACAGGUAAGCAGAACAACCCAGCUGUCUGGAAAGAAGAGAAGCAAAUGCUGUUAAUCUGCUGCUAGAUAUGGCUCUUGGAAUGCUAAUAUAUAUUUUGCUAAGAGCAAUGGUAGCGCUGGGUGAAGAGGCAGCUAUUACUGUUUCGUCGCUAACCACAGACCUAUGGAAUAGCUGGGCAAAAAACAACACAGAAGACCACACAGAGGAACCUAUUGCUCUGAAGUUUAUGCAAUCCUGUCUUGAAGACUACAACAGUUAUUGUAUUAAUGGCCUCUGUGCGUUUCAUAGUGAACUCAAGAAACCCAUAUGCAGGUGCCUGACAGGUUACAACGGCGAAAGAUGUGAACACUUGACGUUGAAUUCGUAUGCGCUUAAUUCUUAUGAGCACUAUAUUGCAGUGGGAAUUGGCGCUGGAAUGUUACUGAGUGGGAUCAUCGCUCUAAUCUAUUGCUAUGUAAGAAAGAGGUGCGGGAAGUUGAAAUCACCGUAUAAAGUCUGAACCGGGGAGACAGCAUUGUGAAGAUCUGACAUCGGAUGCUUACUGAUUUUCCUGUAAAUUACAGGAGGUUCCUAGUUGAAAGAACUACCAGUGCCAACAAAAUACUAGCAGGCGCCACUGAUAACCGGAGACAGUGGAAAUCAAAAAACCGGUGCACAGCUAGCACGCCUGUAGAACUGUCUGGCUUCACUCAUUUUGAUAAAAGCCUUCGUUGCUUUAAUAAAGGUUGUUGGGGGACUUAUCUGAGCAGACUGACAUGGCUGAGGAUCCUUCCCCGUUGUCCGACUACGGCUCAUUUGGUUUUGGGUGGAGAUCUGACUUCUUUUAGCUGCUUUUGGUAACUUCAAGCCUUGAUUGUUCAACAGGGAAAGGCAUUCUGUAUGGAGGAAGACAACGAUGUGUGUCUCAACACUCUGAGGCAAAGAAUGGAGUUCACGCGCUGCCAAAGGCAAGUAGUCCGUCUAGCCCACUUCUGGUUUCCCAAUGGCCUAUAGUGUGGGCCUGGGCUGACAUGAAUACGGCGGAUCUCUCAAGUGGGUUAAAUGCAAUUUAUGCUUCUAUUGCCACAGUGGACAAAGGCGGCCAAGGCUUUGCACUGGGAAAUGGAUGACUGAAAAAAGAUAUCGUUAAAACGAAGAAGAAUAAAGAUCAGAUGAUUUUGGAAAAAUAAUAUUGAGAAUGAGAGCAGCCCUUGAGAUCUUAGAGGACAAAGGGCUAAUGAUGUUUUGAGAAGACUAUGAAAGUGUUCAUCUGGACAACCUUGAUCUUCCAGUACAUCAAAUAGCAGCUCCCCACACUCCCAGACUUGUCAGUCAGGCAUCUUCUUGCCCAGUGAUGUGCACUGCUGGACAAGAGGAACAAGACUCUACUUGCUAUUUUGUUAUAAGGACUCGUUAAUACAGUUCUACCCAGCUGGCUUCACGCUCAUGGAACUUGUAGUAUAUCACCAUUUAAACAAGAAUGAAAUGGGUAAAGGAAAUAUGCCCAGCUCCAACCUGCCAGAUUAAUAUUAUGUGCUUUCUUUUUCAUCUUCUCACCCACAAGAUGUCUUCAGAUGGGGAGAUUUGUUCUUGAGAUAGGGAAAUAAAAUAGAUUCAGAGGACAGUGGCUCCUGAAAGACUUUGCAGCUUCUAACUGUGAGUUUUGGAAUACUGGUGCUGAUCAUUUUCAACAUUGCUCAGAAGGGUUUUUGUUGUUUUGUUUUUGUUUCAGGUGCUGCACAUUGUGGAUCCAGAUUUCAGCUGCAUUUAGAC